ACGCAUCGUUUUACAUGAGCUCAGCUUCUCCGUCUCCAUUCCGAUCCUCGCCAUUAUUCUAUUGCUCUUGCUCGCUCGCCCAACAGGGACGCGUCUCUCCGCCUCCUCGCUUCCAUCACACGUACUCCUACAAGAAGCCGAUCCGCAUCGUACUGUCCGGUCUGGACUCCCGACAGUACACCCUCGACGACUAGCAAGAGCUGCCUACAUAUAGCUAGCUUCCAAGGAUUGGGUUUGGAGGAGAGGCUGCUCGAUUCCGAGGAGGAAGAAGAAGCUGCAAGAGCACGCAAAGCGGGACGUCUCGUUCUCGUCUCGAGUGGACGCCGAGGGGAAAGUGGGGGAUUUUGAGGCAGCGAUUCUCGUCGAUCGUGUGAUGCUCUUGGGCCUUCUCGGCUCAUGGCGAUCUCGGACACCGGCGCCGGCGGCGGGGCUCGCCACGUGAGGUGCCCCAGGUGCCGCAGCGUCCUCCAGGAGCCCGCCGGCGUCCCAGUCUACCAAUGCGGCGGGUGCGGCGCCAGCCUCCGAGCGAAACUCCGCAGCGGCGACACGCAGGCCGCGGCCGGCAGUGCCGCUCCGUCUACAGAGAGCGUCCUGCAGUCUCCUCGCCGGAACCAGGCUCGGAGCGGCCAGUUGGGCGGCUCCGGGGAUGUCGCCAGCACCAGUGGCACGACUCCCGACGGCCCGAGAACCAGUGGCACGACUCCCGACGCCCCGAGCACCAGUGGCACGACUACUGACGCCCCGAGCACCAGCUACCGAGGCGCCGGCACCACAAGCCGACGCGAGGCCGGUGAUCUCACGCCACCGGCGAGGAACCACCACUCGUCGGCGCAAGUGCCGCCGGUCGUCGAGAGGAAGGGGCGUGACCAGCAUCGGAGUGCCGAUCAGGCGGAAGCUGCUGGCAGUUCUCAACCUCGCGUGACAAGGGGUGCGGUCAGUGCUCCCAACGCCAGUGCUCCUCCGUCUUCAGCGAGUGCCCUGCCGUCUCCUCGCCGGCACCAGACUCAGAGCAGCCACCUGGGCUCCGGGGAUGUCGCGAGCACCAGCGGCUCCGCCCCGACUCCUGAUGUUCGAACCAUCAGCCCCCGGGACGCCGGCACGACAAGCCGACGCGAGACCGGCAUGGCGCUGGGCACCAGUGGCGAUCGCACGCCAGCGAGGAAGCAUCACUCCUCGGCGCAAUCGCCGCCGAUCGUCGAGAAGAAGGGGCGUGAUCACCAUCACCGGAGUGCCGAUCAGGAGGAAGCUGCUGGCAGCUCCGAACCUCGCAGGGGGAGGGGUGCGGUCAGUGCUCCCAACGCCGGUGCAAACUUCGCCGAGAUGCAAGGUUCAGAGAGGGGACGUGAAGCCGAGCCUGAAACUGACGCCGCGAGGAAGAAAAGUCCAAGUCCAAGCCCAAGCAAAGCGGCUGUCGGAGAAGCUGCACCAAUGCCUGAUCGUGCCGCGGAUUCCCGGUCUGCACCGGCUGCGGUGAGCUGGACACGGCGAGAUGAUGCCGCGGCGGCGCAGGUGCCGGCUGUUGCCGAGGAAAAGGCACCGAGCCCUCCUCGGCACGCGCCACAGAAGAUGAGUCCCCUCCACGAGAAGAUCCUGAAGACGGUGGACGAGCUGAAAGGCGACCUCUCCGAGCUCUUCAGCCAGUCUCCGGAGGCCAAGCCAAGGACACCAUCCCGUCCGCCUCGUCGUCCCAGGCAAGAGGGACACGCCCAUCACCCGGCCAUCCCUACCAGCAGAGCUCGCCACGCUGCCGCCGCCGCCGCUCUGCACCAUCGCGGCAACGCGGGCAAGCACGGACAGGCUACCCUCCGCGGUCUGCCGUCGCGGCGGUAUCGGCGGUGCAGGGCCGACCCGUGCGGCGGCCACGACGCGCGCCCUGCAGGAGCAUGCCGGCACAGCUGCUGCGACCACGUUAGGCCUGAGUGCGGCAGCUGCAGGGGACACUGCUGCCGUCCGUCCAGAGCGCAGGAGCCCGCGCGGCCGGCCGCCGCGGAGGCCAAGAAGCGCGCCCCGCCGCCGAGGCACCACUGCCGGCCGGUCCUGAAGGGCGCGCCGUUCAUCGUCUGCUCCAGCUGCUUCACGCUCGUCCAGGUGCCCGCCGGGUUCGCCGUGGCGAGCGCCAAGGUGCGCGACCUGCGGUGCGGCGCCUGCUCGGCCGUGCUCUCCUACUCCUACCGCGACCCGGACAGGAAGAAGCCCGCCGACAAGUGCAGCACGGCCGGCUCCUCGCCCGCGCGCCACGUCGGCGCGCGGCCAGACCUGUUCUCGUUCAUCGAGGACUUCGCGGCGGAGUACGGGGCUGACAGCUACUCCACCACGGAGGACGAGCAGCCGCUGCACGUGUCGAGGAACUCGUCCUUCGACACCGUCGUCGCGGCGGGGGAGGAGGCGGCGGCGCGGCGGCACAGCCACAGCCUGCACCGGCUGAUGGGGUACGGCUCGGCGAGCGAGCUGCUGCUGCGGCGCUCCCCGAGCCUGUACGAGUACGGGAGCCCCGACAAGAGGUCGACGCCGCCGUCGGACGCGAGCAUGCGGCACGACGACAGGAAGGGGAAAGCCAAAUGCGUGGAUGACUUCACCGGCGACGAGGACUCGGACGACAGUUGCACGCUGAGGCGAUCGAACGGGAGAAGAGCCGGCUGGACGCCUGGCCAUGGGGUUCCGGCGGCGGGAGCCAUCAGGAUCAGGUAGCAGCAGAGGAGCUCGAGCUCGGCUCGUCGUAUAUACUGUAGAAAAAAGAUAGUUUCAGCUCAGGCGAUGGAAUUCUAAUGGUAUUUUUCAGGUGUUGGAAUUCUGAUAGACAGAGUGAAUUGUUGUUUAGUUUUACCAUUUGGUUAGAUGGGUGAGGUGGUGUGCACAUUUGGUUGAUUUCUUCAUUUUUGAGUGCAACAAUGUUGCAGAAAUGUAGAUACUCAGUCUCUCAAUGCUGUGAUUCUUCUUCUGAGGAUAAGGGAAGAUCUUCAGGUCCUUUCUGAAAGUUUUAAGUGACCAAGUACAGUUCUAAAA